AUGGAUCUCAGUAUGGAAGCAAUAGACGUUCACAGUUUUUUUCCCGGCAAAGUGAAGCCCAGAAAAGAGCCAAUAAUUAUAGAGUGGCAAAAGACGGAAGAGAUCGGAAUGAGCCGAGGAACAUGGGUGGUUGCAACAAAAACAAAAAGCAGCAGGUGGCUGUUUUUUUUUGUCCGGCGACACUUGUCGUUCUCUGAGUGUUGCCGCGUCGCCGGGGAGCGGCGUCGCGAUCGCUUCGCGCCAUUUUAUCAGUGAUAGUCGUCGCUCAGUGCCGCUCACUCGGCCAUUUUUUUUUGUCCCAUCCACGCCGAUACGCAAAUGUCCGAUUCACGUGUGUCCAGUCUAAUUAUGCGCAUCAAUUGCUUGUCGCCUCGCAAACUAUUUUCCUUCUCCUACUUGGCUCUUUCAGGCCUUCUCCACUCGAACCAACCUCUCAUUCCCGCGAUUCUAAUUUUUAGAAAUGGUCGUUUUGAUAUGGAAAUUCAAGUAGUUUGAAAAUUGAUGUCAGAUUUUUCAGUGCGAAAAGAGGAGAACAACAUUAGAUCAAAAAUUUAUAUUUCAAAAGUAGGUUGAAUUUUUUUGAAAAAGAAGGUUCGGACUUGAAAUAAAACUCGAAGCAUUGAUUUUUUUUGAGCAAAAGCUUUUAAUUAGGUGGCUACAUAGAAGGAUUUAUAUGAACUUAAUUGCAAUUCAAUUUCGAAAAGUUCUGAGCGCCGGUAACCUGAAAUUCCCAUUGCCUCAGAUAAAUUAGGUCAAAGAAUUAUUCUUGAUUUUGAAAUUGAUUAUCGACUAUUGAACACAUUUUAAUCACUGUUCAACAAACAAAAUAACAAGCCAAAAAUAUGUAUUUUGAGAAAAUCACAUCAUUCACGAAUUGUGUCAUUAAAAAGCUUGAAGAAGCCGUAGUGAAUGAAAUCACAAAGAUCAUAGAGAUCGAAAAAUCAGAAUCUUCGUCUAAAGACCGCAAAGCCCCGCCCCUUUUCGCGAUAGAAAAAUGCACUGGUUUUUUAGAUUUUGUGUUCGUAAAAACGCAAUAUUGAAUCAAAAACGGAUAAAAUUGGAUGAAGCAUAGAGAAAACCUUCCUUUUUAACCUCAUAUACUUUUACCCGAUUUUCGAAGCGUUUCGGCGGAGUGUCGUACAAAAAAAUUAAACGACUUCUUUGAUUCGAACUUUUCACCUAGUUCCAAGUCGAAUGCUCUAUUUUUUUCAACUUUUUUUAAAUAGGUUUCUAUGAGGAAAAAUGAUUUUUUUAAAAAUUAAAAAAAUUAAAAAUUCCUGUGUAGCCUAAUCUUUGUGAUGGCGCGCAAAGUUGACCUCUUAAUUUAGUUUUUUUAUACUUUUUGAUGGUUCUAAAUAGGUUCGAUCUGAAAAUCCUUCCUUUCGGGAAACGUUCUGAGUCACAUCUUCUGCCUCCAUAGUCUCAAGUAUUUCAGAAUUGGGCAAAACUUCAUACGUCAGGCUCACUUUCUUUUUCGAUAAAUUCUAAGUUCAGCCAUAUUCAAUACGUUUGUUUUCUCGUCAAAAUUCUUUCAAAAACAUACUUGCUCCUGAAUCACCGCUUUCUCUUUCGUUUCGGUUUCUCAAAACCAAGACAAAAAAAAACAUUGGCGGGGGGUUCCUGCUUCAUUUCUCGACGGCGCUCGCCUCCUAUUUCUUUUCAAUUUGGGAACAGAAAUGGAAAGAAAGGGGGGAAAAGACGACGUCAUCGCUUCUGCUCCACUCUCUUCUUCUUUUUCUUCUUCUACUUCUUGUGCUUCGCCUUCUCCCACCACUUUUUCCUUGAUCUCUAGCUGCUUCAUUGACAUUUUCUGAUUAUGAUAUUUGUUCUGAAUUAGGCAAAGAUUUACGGUCUCACACUUUUAAAUUUUUUUUUGGAUUCCAACUGAACGCUUAUUUUUUUUCUUUUAUCCUCUUCAACUUAUCGUUUCGUAUCAUCCACAAGGAAGGUAAUUUUACUUUUCGGUUGGUAUUUUCCUGAAAAUUGUCCAGGACACUUCUUGACCCAACAGAUGGAUAGCCUGAAAUUCCUAGCCUGCACAACUUUUCAGCUUUUCAAAGUCAACGAAAAAAAUCCUUUAAAACAGGCCAUUUUUGUACUUUGAGUCCUCAUAUUUCAAAAACUAGGAAGUUCUACAGGUUUAGACUUUCAUUAUCUGUAUCUGAUACAACCAGGAGUGUCCUGGUCAAUUUUCAGGGAAAUCCCAACCGCAAAGAUUACCUUCCUUGUCAGUUUGUUGGCAAAAUUUCAUGCUUGAUUAGUUUUUUUUUACAUGUCCGAGAAAGGUAAAAGAAUUCAAAAUAGCAUGCGGCGUGUUCAAAAGCGGCCGCUAGUGUAGCGAUAAACAUUGUUUCUCUAUCGAGCCAAUUGUUUGCUCUAUUGCCAUUUUAUCACCACAAAUUUGCUACGAAUCAACGAUUUUCCUCAGUCAUGGGAAAAGUUAAUGCAUUUCGAAAUAAAAAAGCUGAACGUGUUCAAAAAUUGAAAGCAUAUUGAUGCGUGAAAAGGCAUGUGUCGAGUUCCACAUUUUCCGGGUUGAGGGGCUUUGUAGUUAAUUUUAUUGAAAGUUUAGAAAUAUUUUUGAAAAUUUAUUUUUGUCAUUUUUCACACAGUUUCGGGCUUGAACUGGUCAUAAUUUUUUUCAAAAAAAUUUGAAAUUCUUAUUUUUUUAACGUGUUCAAUUUUUAUCCGUUAUUUAUAAUUCUUCUAAAUCGUGUAAGAUUGAAAAAAAGGCUCCAAAGAACCCGAUUUUUUUGUGACUCUAGGCGUUUAUUUUUUUCAUAAAGUGAUAAAAAUAUCAUUAAAACCCACGCGACCAACCAUUAAAGCUUUCAAUUUUUUUCUAUGAGAAAAAUAAAGAGCUUCCGGUGUUACUUUUAACGAUUUGAUGUUGAAAAAACGAGUAAAAGGUUUUUUGAAGCGAAAUCUUUAGAGAACUUCCAGAAGUGGUCAUGGAAGAUUUUUUUGGUUUUUUUAAACUUUUCAGUACUAGUUGUUCAAAAAAAUAUCUGGAAGCUCUUUUUCGAACUUUUUUUUUGAGUUAAGAGAUUUUACUAUUUAUUUAAAGUUUACUUAUUCUAUUCCGAUGAAGUUUUCAGUUCGAAUAAUAAAAAUAAACAGUUGAAAAGCAGUUUAGUUGAUAAAAAUUUUUCUUAGGAGUCUGAAUAAUCUUUUUUUCAGACUUUUUUCAGAUUUUUUUAAUCAAUUAACUUUUUCCUGAAAAAUCUUCUUCUAGCCGGCUUGCAUUUUAGUUUUUAUCAUUCUAUUAUUUGCAGAACUAUUCAUAAUCUUUAUGAAAUUUCUCGUUUUUUUCACUCCUCAAGCACAUUUUUUGAUCCGUUUUCCCAUUGCUUUCUAUAUGAGGUGCGCCCUCAGGACCUCGGCUCGAUUUCAGCGCAAUUGGCCUCUUAAAGGCCCUCGGAGACGUUCUUCACAUUCCUUUCAAGACCCAUUUUGUCUUUUGUUUUUGCUACAAUUGUUCUGGACGCCAAUCGAUUCCCAUUUUUCGAAUACAAUACUCGCCGUUGAAACUCUUGCUCGCGUCUUCUCGACUGUCGGAUUGUUUCCGACAGAAGGGACGCUGAGUCGCUUCUUUUUGCCCGUCUGAUGAUGAGCUGCAGCAGUUUCCGGGAGAGCACGACGAGGUCGAACUUCCUGCCAGUCAGCCUUCACCCAGCAGCACCGGCCGCGCGGUGUAUGUGCGAGGCGACCUCAUGCUCAAGUUCCUCAAGCCAAAGUCCUCCGACGAGGGCAGCUCUAAGGACAGCAAAUCCGGCGCCAGCAGUAUGUUUCUCUUUUUACAAGAUUUUUUUACGCUACAAAAAAGAUAACUAUUUGUUGCACCUCUGAUAGUCAGGUAUAUUCAAUAAUAUUUCGACGGUUCAGUUUUUUUUAGGGGGGGUAUUUUUUCCGUUUUUGACUGCUUCGAAAUGAAUACUUUGCUUACCUGGACAGGAUCCGUACCAGCCACCUUCUGGACCCUAAAAAAAAUUAUCAGAGACAGAUUUUAUCAAAUUUUAUCACCUUUGUCAGGUUUUGAGUUCUGUUAUUCAUUCCUAGGCUCACUGACUACUCUGUGAGAAUUCAAAAAUAUAAUCGCCAAGUCGAAAUUUUUUUCUCUUUUUAUGAUUUUUACCUUUUCUUCCGCGAUAUUAACUCUAGUGUUAUAAGCUGCUCAGAAAAAAAAUUAAAUUUUUUUGAGAUCCAGAUAAAUUAGUGAGUCAUCACCCCUAACAAGGGAGGUCAUUUCACCUUUCAGCCUGUACAGCUCCCAAGUUUUUAGGAAAUGAGGCCGUAAAAUGGCCUAUUUUAACGGAUUUUGCUCAAAAAAAGGAAAGUCGUGCAGGUUGAGACUUUCAGGAUCUUUUUUUGGUACCUCAAGGAUUAUCCUGGCCAAUUUUCAAGAAGUUCCAAACCGCAACUUUAAAUUACCUUUUUUUUUAAGCUCUCCAUUUCUCUUUUUCCCACUCUUUUAUAGUCUCAAUCAGUUUCAAAAUUCUACCCACGGGUGACUUUGUAUGUUCCCGUUUUGAUCAUUCCUCUUGAUCUAACCAUAAGAUCUCUCUGAUCCUUUUUUCUUGGACUUUCCUGGAAACUAGGUAUUUUUCAACAGUCGAGAGGUGGAAAACAAAAGUUUUGGGAGGAAAUGGAGCGGAAGAAAGGACGGAGAGAAGCCUCGCGGAAUUCGACGCCUCAGGGCUGGCAUAAUCCAUGUGGGCCGAAGCAUCGGAGCGCGUCGAGCAGUGCGUCGAAGAAGUCGCCGUCCGAGCCGAUGAUCGCCUCGUCCUUCUUCUACGGCAGCCUCAAGGAGGACAAAGCCAGGCUCCGUCGCUCCAGAUCCUCGUCUUCUCGCAGAUGCGCCUCUCCUUUUGCCUGCGCCGCCUAUCACACCUCAGGUUCAAAACCCACAUUCCAUCACACAACUCCAAGCAAUAACAAUUUUCUUUUCAUUAAUUUUCGGUUUUUUAACAUUCCGGCUAUGCUGGUUGAUCGAACUAGAAAAGAUUCUCACGGCUGAAAAUAGUCCACUUCAAGAUUCAAAAUUUCCAUGGAAGGAUGAUUUUUCGAGUGAUUCCUACAUAAAAAUGGCAUUUUCAUCGCAUAAACUUUUCAAAAAAGUCAAAGUUGUUUAAAUUUUUUUCAAGUGAGACUUCUUCCGUCCUACAAGAGUGAGCAUGUACUUUUUUGGCUUUUUGGAAAAUCUUCACUUAUUCUGAGAACUUUGAUGACUUUCUUCAAUCGUUUUCUAUGGAUUUGCUUCUUCGCCCGAAAAAAUUGCUUUUUUGAAUAUUUUGCAACACAAACUCACGGUUUAGGCUGAUCUCUUCUAAAAAUUGUUUCUUCUCUUCUCUGAUUUCUCAUCAGAAGCUUUGUUCCUGUUUUUUAAGAUUUUAGUUGUUUUUGAAGAGCUUUCCUGUGUAAAAACCGAAAAAAAAUGUAUUGACUGAUUGGUGGCGAGCAGCUGAGCGAGUAGGAGAACGUUACUUGUGCGAUGUGCUCUGGAGCCGUUCCCAGCCGCCCAUUCUGAGCAACAGGAUGCUAAGGCCUCGACAGCUGAUCGGCGUGGCCACCUACGUUCGCCAACGUUGGAGGUUGGAAGGGCCGAAAGCCGGGGCCCUGAGGCCGACAUUGGCUGCCUUGUUGCCUGCUCGCACGUGGUGUUUAUGUGACACAACGUGGCGUCAGCUGUGUCGAGAGGCGCCGCAGCCGCGACGCGGAGCCGAGACUCGUCGGACUAGAACCCACAAGACAGGCCGUCGCGGAAUGCCGUUGGUCGACGCCGUUGGCAACAUCCAGUGGAAUACCACCGUCGACGAAGACGUCGAGUUCGACGACGACGACUGCGACGUCACCGCCAGCUUCACGCUGCCGGCGGCUGUCAGCGACACUCCAUCAUCUUCUUCUUACUCUAAGGACUACGAAAUCUUUGGGGAAGAGGAGGCCAUUGCCUUUUGUGAGUUUCAACGGUUUCUUUUUCAAUUACACUUGUAAUUUCGCUUUUUCUCUGUACUUUUUCUUUGCUUCUCAGUAGGGAAGACUUGACAAUAAUUUCAAAAAUUCUCGUGAUUUUUCUCAAUUUAGUAUUUUUUUUUUGACCAUUCUUGAGCAAAUCUCUGUUUUUCCAUCCCCAUAAAUGAUUUUGAACUUCUUUUACUAUCGAUGGUUGGUCUCAAGCUUUUUUUUUUAGCAGUCUAACUUGUAUUAAAAAUACAGGUGAAUUCCAGAUCAUGAUACCUUUUGACAGUAGAAGAUCAAAAUCAUUUUUUCUCGAUACUUCCAAUUCUGAUCAGCUUUGUCGACAUUUUAAACAAAAUCGAUGCUGCGAAUUUUCCAAAGGUUUUCUUCCCUGUCAACUGUUACCUGAUAUCUGGUUCGUUUCGACGUGAAUUCCUCUCUUUUGGACUUUAAACUUUGUUUUACUUAUUUUUACUACGUAUUUAAGGACUUUCAAGGGCUCCAUACUUUGUUUAAAUUUUUUUGUGAAAUUUCAGAAUUCUUGCAGUUUUUUUUGAAUUUUUCAUGUCCUGCAGAUAUUUUUAGUCAGACAUGUUGCUGGAUCCAAAAAUUUUUUUCGAAUAUUGAAAAAAUCCUCAAGAAGAGAGCGCCUACAGUACCGUCAGAAAAGAUACGAAAAUACGCGACUUUUUCGUGAGAAAUUUAUUCUUCCUGGAAGUUUCUGAAGCUGCGUUUUUUUCUCUGAACUGAAACUUCAUCAAACUGUUCAAAGAAACAGUCAUUAUAACUCUAGAAAGUUCCAGAAACAUUAAAAUCCUUACAAGGAAGUUGUGACCGAAAAACUCCGUUUUUUCGUAUCUUUUCUGACUUCUCUGCGCUCUCCUUAUCUCUCGACGUCUCUCUCAUGUUUACGUGCUUUUUCCAUGUUUCUCUGACCUGAUGAGGGAACAGAGAGACGCAGACAAGCGAAAACUGUCAAGUCGCGCCGGACUGUAUCUACUCGUAAAACAGUAGAUUUCUUCGUCGACCGUAGUAUUCUACUAGAUGCUUCCAACUAUCUACCCCUAGAGAUUUUUGACUCGGAAAAGGUCAGAAGAAAAGUGUUGGAACACCUUGGAAGCUCCCGAAAGUGGUGUCUUCGUUUUUUGGACGCGGAAGAGGCGGCGCGUGAUCGAGCACCGACCAAACCGAAAUUGGCUAGCAUUUGUCCGUGUGGGCAGGAUCCCCGAAGGACGAUUCGCCUCGCGGCUCCGCUGGACGCCUCCGUCGGAUGUCUCAUGCUUCAAUUCUCGUUCCUGCAGUCGGCCUUCCGCGCCUCUCUUCAUUUUCAACUAUGUACAAUUUGCCGAGUUCUGAACGGUUCAAAACGGUUAGGCAUAGGCGGCUCCACAAGACAGGAGUCUUUUUGAGCCUUUUUAUAGGAAUUUUUUUGAGCUCUGAUUUUAAUUCCUUUUUUUCUUUAUUUCUAAUUCGUUUCAGAGUAAUUUUUUUAGAACUUCUUCACUGGAUGCUAUUUAAAUGAUCAUUUUUUUCAUUAUCUUCAAGAAAGGAUUAAUUUUUUUGGAUUAAUUCAAACUUUGUGAUCUUCACUUUUCCGAGGAACAUAGAUAGUUUUUUAAGGGAUUUUAGGGACAUUUAUUCUUUAAGAAAACUGAAAGUUCCUACUUAUCAUGCUAAAUUUUUUUUUUCUUGUGUUCCCACCUUCAGAUUUUUUUCAGUUAGGUACUUUCUUAUUCGUAAAAUAAUGGUUUGUGCACCUCCCGCCUUCAUUUUCCACUGGUUAAAAAAAUUUAGAAAAAAAUUAGAAAAAAAUGAAAAAAAUUUGGUUUUUCAUUACUACAUCUAUGGUUCAGGCGCCAACCAUUAAGCUAAAAAUUUUAAUUUAGUUUUUUUAAAUAUAAAAAAAUAAUUGACACAGAAGGUCUCCUCAGAACCCAUAGUAUAUUUAAAAAAAUUUAACUUUCUUUCAAAAAUUUCCUUUGCUACUAUCCUUUUUUCAUUGGCAGAAAAAGGAAGUUUUCCACAUUUGGAAGGGUUUUCGGUAGAGUUUUGCAAGUGCAUGGAACAGUGUGGCGCACUUUUUGCGACUUUCAGAAUGAAACGGAGGUCCCCGGGGACACGUUCAUCAUGUUUCUUCGGCGAGUGACGAUGGUUUUGGCUCAGAAUGUCCGAAACGGGGAUUCCGAUAUGCCGAUGUUGUCUUUUGAAAACCAUUGGUUCCUUCUGAGUUUGGAAAAAGUAGAAAGAUCCUCUGGAACUACUAAGUCGAUAUCUUCUUUUGAUUUUGGAAAAGUGCUGUUAAAUUUUCAAGUGGACCUUUUUCGAGUCGAGGCGCUUCUGAAGCGUGGCUCUGUUGCGAGCACCUGCUGCGGUCGAUUUCAAUUAAUUCUCACCCGCCGAUUGGUCAGUUGUUGCUUUUCGAAGCAAUCAACUAGAGAAGCUCAUUGUGGGAACAAAUGCAGAAGGAAAGAGCCUCCAGCUUCUGAUUUCGCAGUGAGGACUUACUGAAGGAGUUAAUUUGUUCAAAGUGUCUUUUUCAUUUUGAGGAAAGUUUCUUGUGUUUCUGGGUAUAUCUCACAAGGAAGGUCAUUUCACUUUAAUUUUCUGAAAAUUUGCCAGAACACUCCUUGACUUACCAGAGGAAGAUUCUGAAAGUCUCACCCGGCAAAACCUUUUGGUUUUUGAAAAAGAAGACUUCAAAGAAGGAGUUUAUCCUCAAGUCCGUUAAAAUAAGCGGUUUUGGGACUUUGAGCCUUCAUUUUUCGAAAGCUAGGAAGUUGGGCAUUUUGAGACUUCAGAACCUUCUUCUGGUACAUCAAGGAGGACCGCAUUUCAGGAAAUUCUCAACCGAAAAGUGAAAUGAGCUUUCGGUGGUAUGAAAAAAAGACCAGCGAAAAUUCAAACGGUGACUUUUCCGAUUUUUUCGUAUCGCUAGGGAACUUUCCGACGGCCACCUUUCCGACGAAACUUUCCCGACUUUUUUCCCUUAUAGUUUUCAGUUUGUAAAACAUCUAUAAACAUUUUUUUUCCCAUUUUUUUGUGUUUUAAUCAUGAACCAACCACCUACUUUAUAUAGGAAGAUUUAAAACGAAGAGUUUAUCGAGAAAAAAAGUCGUAAAAAGAUUCGUCGGAAAGGUAGCCGUCGGAAAGUUCCCUAGCGAUAUGAAAAAAUCGGAAAAGUUGUCGUUUGAAUUUUCGCUGGUGUUUUUUUCAUACCACCGAGCUUUCUUGUCAGUCAACUCUAUGGUUUUUUGCCAAAAAUUGUAUUUCUGUUCAAAUUUUCCAUUGGAAAGUUGAGCCAGUUGAGCCAGAAACGAUGAAAUUUCCUUGAUCUUCUUGAUUUUUCAUUGUGGCAUAAUUUUGAUCUUUCUUUAGCUUUUUCUCUGGAAUCAUCUUAUUUUCAAGUUUUUCACCGAGUUCUGGACAUGAAUAAUCGAGAACUUUCGUGUGUGGUCCGUAAGAACCAAGCUUGAGGAAGCGGGAUCGUCAUCCCAACCCUCGUUCAUCAAGUUUGAGUUUCUCCUACACUGAACGAAAUGUAGAUUUGUCCGAGAUCAAAACGAUGCUCGCAGUCAACAGGAGGAGGCGUGGCGGGUUGCCGCGGAAGCAACGCCGUCGGCCACUCACGCUCAAACUCUCGCUCACGCCGAAGCCUAG